GCAGCAUGCGCUCCCCGGGGCUUGCGAAGACCCAGCGGGUCGAGGGCGCGGGCCCCGCGGCGCUGCUGCGCUUGCUGGUGGUCGCCGCCGCCGUGGGCGGGGGCGCCUGCGGGCCGUGUCCCGUCGUGUGUAUCUGUGCCACGGACUUGGUGAGCUGCACCAACAGAAACCUGUCCCAGGUGCCCGGGAACCUUGCUGGGCUGAUUAAGAGACUGGAUCUGAGCUAUAACAGCAUCGGGCUUCUGGACCCAGCGUGGACCCCGGUGCGCUUCCUGAGGCUGGACACCCUCAUUAUUCGUCAUAACAGCAUCACCAGCAUUUCCACGGGCAGCUUCUCCGCAACCCCAAAUCUCAAGUGUCUUGACCUGUCCUCCAACAAGCUGCAGGCCGUGAGGAGCGCGGUGUUCCAAGAGCUGAAGGUUCUGGAAGCCCUCCUGCUCUAUAACAACCGCAUCUCCUAUCUGGACCCCGCGGCAUUUGAGGGGCUCGCCCAGCUACGGAAACUCUACCUGAGCGGAAACUUUCUCACGCAGUUUCCCAUGGAUUUGUAUGUUGGGCGGUUCAAGCUGGCAGAGCUGACGUUUCUAGAUGUUUCUUACAACCGGAUACCGUCCCUGCCAGUGCAGCACAUAAAGUCGGUGCCGGGGAAGCAGCUGAGAGGCGUUUAUCUCCACGGAAACCCGUUUGUCUGCGACUGCGCGCUGCUGUCCUUGCUGAGCCUGUGGCACCGGCGGCGCUUCAGCCCGGUGGUGGACUUCCAGGACGACUACACGUGCCGCCCGCGGCCGCGCGCCGGGCGUCCCCGGCAGGUGCGGCUGCUGCGCGGCGGCUCCCUGAACUGCUCGGACGCGGCCCUGCGCGGGCCCCCGCGCGCUCCCGGCGCCAUUCGCGAGGCGCGGGUGGGGGAAAGGCUGGUUGUGCCCUGCGGCAGCGCGACGGGGGACGCGGGCGCCGACUUCUUGUGGGUCGGUCCGGAUGACCAGGCGCUGGGCCCCGGCGGAGAGGUGGACCGCGUCCGCGUGCUGCGCGACGGGAGCCUGCUUAUCGAGAGCCCGCGGCCGGAGGACGCGGGCGUGUAUUCGUGCACCGCGGUGGACCGACGGCACCUGCUCAACGCCACCGCCGACGUCACCAUCCAGGUGAGCAACCGCACGGCCGGCAGGCCCCACGCGCACGAGGCCUUCAGCACGGCGCUCACCACCCUGGCCGCCUGCGCGGCCAGCGUCGCCCUGGUGCUGGCCUACCUCUACCUGACGCCGUGCCCCUGCGGGGGCCGGGGCCGGAGCGGGGGCUCAGAGGCGGCGCCGCACGCGAGCGAGCCCUGCCUCUCGGCGCGCGGCCCUGACCCUGCCCGCGCCGCGCCGCACGCGGCUGCCGCGAAGAGAGUGGUGUUUCUGGAGCCCCUGAAGGGCGCAGCGGGGAGGGACGGCGGAGCCGGGCUGCUUCCCCGCGAGCCGACCGCAGCCGAGGGCAUCCUCAAGCCCACCCGGAAGUGCGACUCGGAUUCGGUCAGCUCGGCCUUUUCGGACACGCCCUUCGUGGCGCCCCCUUGACCGGCGCGGUGGCCUGAUCCCUGCGCAUCCCACCCGCGCGGUCUGCGCGGAAACGCGCGGGGGCGGUGCUUGGGUUCCUGAAAUGCGAGCCUGAUAGGAAACGCGGUGAAGCCCUGGCGUGCUUGGGUGUGCCAGCGGCAGACGGGGUGCUUCCCGCGGUUUAACUUCCAGAUAACAGCAUCGUUGGCUGUAGCAAGGCUCAUAACUUCCAUGUUGGCCUGGGGGUGAUGUGCCUGACAUGUGCUCUUACUCAGGAUUCUCGGAGGGACCGGUAAUGUCAUGCACUAGUGUUCUUGAGAAAACGUUAGUAACUGACCAGGACAAAAAUUUAGACAUUUUAAAGAAAAGCAUCAGUCCUAUUUUUAAAAGACUGAGAAGGAGGAGCCGAGCAGCAAUUAUUUAUAAAGCACAGAAUAAAGUUAGAUUUGGGAGUAAUUCAGCUAUUUUCAUCAUUUCAGGUCCGGGUAAAUAGAUUACACUGAUUAAAAUUUACUGCAUAAUGCCGCAUCCCGUAUGGUGUUAGGGAAAUAGUGCAGUAAAGUUACAUUUGUUUGUCUUCUUUCUGCUCUGUACAUUUCCUGUCCUACAAAACUAAUGGAAAGUUAAAGUCAACAUUACUUGUUGCCGUGAGUAGGUAGGUGUCAAUACCAAAAUGUCUAAGUUCUUAAACCUUUGUAGCAGACUAAUAUUCGUUUAUAUGUUUGUGUAUAUGUAUAUCUUGAAUUACAUGAACUAUUCAAUAGACCCUUCUGUAUUGUAAAUAUAUGUAUUCUGUGACUUGAUGUCCUGUUUUAUUUGGCUAUUUAAAAACAUAAAUCUAAGAUGUUUCAUGUGA